AUGGAAGAGGGGGACAAACAAAUGGAGAAGGGAGUAAAAAAGAGGCAGUGUGGUGGUGAAGUGGGUAGGGGUGAGAGAAGUAUUUUUCUGCUGGUUACUAAACAUCCGGAACACAUCAGAUCUGCCAGCCAGCUUGCCUCCAUCUUCACCAGGAUCUUCAACCUCUCCCUGGCCCAGGCAGUCAUCCCGCCCUGCCUAAAAUCAGCCACAAUCAUCCCAGUGCCGAAGAAGUCUCCCACCACCAGCCUAAAUGAUUACCGUCCUGUGGCCCUCACCCCGGUAAUCAUGAAAUCCACAGAGGAUGCCAUCGCUGUAGCUCUCCACUCUGCGCUGAGCCACCUAGAGCAGCAGCAGAGCUACGUCCAGAUACUCUUUGUGGCUUACAGCUCAGCUUUCAAUACCAUCAUUCUGGACAGUCUCAUCACCCAACUGGGCUGUGUGCUGAGUCCCGGCCUGUACUGUCUCUACACCCACGAGUGCAGUCCGGCCCAUAACAACAACCUCAUCGUCAAGUUUGCUGACGAUACCACAGUGGUCGGACUCAUCUCAAAGGGAGACGAGGCAGCCGACAGAGAGGAGGUCCUGAACUUGGCAGCCUGGCGUUCAGAGAACAACCUGGCUCUGAACACCAAGAAAACCAAGGAGAUCAUUGUCGACUUCAGGAAGAACAGCACCGACCUAGCCCAACGAGUGUGUGGAGAGGGUCCACACCUUCCGAGCCUGCUGACACAGGUAGUACAGCAGGUGCACCGUGGCAGACAGGGAGAGGCUUCAGAGAGUAGUAAAGGCAGCACAGAGGAUCAUCGGCUGCCCUCUCUCCUCCUUGAUGGAGCUACAUCUCCUGCUGCCUCAGCAGAGCAGAAAACCUCACCAAGGACAGCUCCCACCCUGGCUUUGAUCGUUCCUAAUAUUGCUAAAGGUGGAAAGGUGAUUCAGUCCUCCCUGGGGUGGAAUGGCGUCCCUGAAAGGGCCAUUGAUGGAAACCGUGCUAGCAAUUACGGACAGGACUCCUGUAGCCACACACAAAACGAUUUAAAACCAUGGUGGAGACUGGACCUCCUGAAGACGUAUAAAAUCAACACUGUCACCAUCACCAACAGAGGAGAUUGUUGCCACGAAAGAAUCAAUGGUGCCGAGAUCCGCAUUGGAAAUUCUCUCAAUGACAAUGGCAAUGAUAAUCCCAGAUGUGCUGUUAUCUCGUCUAUCGCAGCUGGGAACUCCAAAACCUUUACGUGUAAUGGAAUGGAAGGUCGUUAUGUAAACAUUGUGAUUCCUGGUAGAGCAGAAUACCUGACACUGUGUGAGGUGGAAGUUACUGGUCAGCCUUCAGGAAACACUGCUCCAACUGAUCCUAAUAUUGCUAAAGGUGGAAAGGUGAUUCAGUCCUCCCUGGGGUGGAAUGGCGUCCCUGAAAGGGCCAUUGAUGGAAACCGUGCUAGCAAUUACGGACAGGACUCCUGUAGCCACACACAAAACGAUUUAAAACCAUGGUGGAGACUGGACCUCCUGAAGACGUAUAAAAUCAACACUGUCACCAUCACCAACAGAGGAGAUUGUUGCCACGAAAGAAUCAAUGGAGCCGAGAUCCGCAUUGGAAAUUCUCUCAAUGACAAUGGCAAUGAUAAUCCCAGAUGUGCUGUUAUCUCGUCUAUCGCAGCUGGGAACUCCAAAACCUUUACGUGUAAUGGAAUGGAAGGUCGUUAUGUAAACAUUGUGAUUCCUGGUAGAGCAGAAUACCUGACACUGUGUGAGGUGGAAGUUACUGGUCAGCCUUCAGGAAACACUGCUCCAACUGAUCCUAAUAUUGCUAAAGGUGGAAAGGUGAUUCAGUCCUCCCUGGGGUGGAAUGGCAUCCCUGAAAGGGCCAUUGAUGGAAAUCGUGCUAGCAAUUACGGACAGGACUCCUGUAGCCACACAAAAAACGAUUUAAAACCAUGGUGGAGACUGGACCUCCUGAAGACGUAUAAAAUCAACACUGUCACCAUCACCAACAGAGGAGAUUGUUGCCACGAAAGAAUCAAUGGUGCCGAGAUCCGCAUUGGAAAUUCUCUCAAUGACAAUGGCAAUGAUAAUCCCAGAUGUGCUGUUAUCUCGUCUAUCGCAGCUGGGAACUCCAAAACCUUUACGUGUAAUGGAAUGGAAGGUCGUUAUGUAAACAUUGUGAUUCCUGGUAGAGCAGAAUACCUGACACUGUGUGAGGUGGAAGUUACUGGUCAGCCUUCAGGAAACACUGCUCCAACUGAUCCUAAUAUUGCUAAAGGUGGAAAGGUGAUUCAGUCCUCCCUGGGGUGGAAUGGCGUCCCUGAAAGGGCCAUUGAUGGAAAUCGUGCUAGCAAUUACGGACAGGACUCCUGUAGCCACACACAAAACGAUUUAAAACCAUGGUGGAGACUGGACCUCCUGAAGACGUAUAAAAUCAACACUGUCACCAUCACCAACAGAGGAGAUUGUUGCCACGAAAGAAUCAAUGGUGCCGAGAUCCGCAUUGGAAAUUCUCUCAAUGACAAUGGCAAUGAUAAUCCCAGAUGUGCCGUUAUCUCGUCUAUCGCAGCUGGGAACUCCAAAACCUUUACGUGUAAUGGAAUGGAAGGUCGUUAUGUAAACAUUGUGAUUCCUGGAAGACAAGAAUACCUGACACUGUGUGAGGUGGAAGUCACUGAGAUAGAAUCAGAUAAUUCCAUUGAUUAUGCCUGUGGCUGAGUCUGAAGUAAUUCCUCAGUUCAUGUUCACUUCAUUUUAUCGCUAAUCUGCAAGUUUCUGCUUCUUUUGCUUCAAUAGAAUAUUUAAACUUAUGCUCAAUGACAUUAUGGGCCCUAUUUUAAUCAAUCUGAGCCAAACCCGACAGCUUAAUGCCACUUUCCAAAGCACAUGUGUAACCUUCUAUUUGAAAAAGAAAUAAAUAUAAAAUUUGACAUGUUUGCUGUCAUGAAGUUAACACGUUUUGUAUCUCAUCAUUCCCAUUAAUGGGAAUUGUGAAAUCAGUUGACCUUAGAAGAGCUCCUCAGUCUCUCGUAGAUUCUGUUCCUGAUCCUAUGACACUGUUCCCAUGGGAAAAUGCAGCAAAAUAGUUCUCUUGGCUGU